AUGGCUGCAACUUGCUUCGGGAUGCCGACAAUUUCAUCGGUGAGCCCAGUUGCUAGAAGGGCUGAUGAUACAAGCCAGAUUUGCGUGUCGCCUUGCAAAAGGAAUUUGAAAUUCGUAGUUAGAAGUGUUGCUGAGGACGAUAAGGUGAAAGAGGUAGCACAAGCAGAGGCUUCACCCAAGCCUACUUCUCCCCCUAAGCCCAAGGUGAGCACCGGCUUCUCGGAUGUGCUGGCAUUCAGCGGGCCGGGCCCUGAGAGGAUCAACGGGCGGUUAGCCAUGAUCGGGUUUGUGGCAGCCAUGGGAGUGGAGCUGGCUAACGGGCAGGAUAUCUUCUCGCAGGUACAGAACGGUGGGUUCCCCUGGUUCUUGGGCACGAGUGUGCUGCUGUCACUCGCGUCCUUAAUCCCGAUGUUCAGAGGCGUGUCGGCCGAGUCGAAAUCUGGGAAUUUGAUGACUUCAGACGCUGAGCUGUGGAACGGGAGGUUUGCUAUGCUGGGUUUGGUGGCUCUUGCUUUUACAGAGUUUGUGAAAGGCGGCGCUCUUGUGUGA